UUUCUUUUCAUGGCCCAAUCAAUAAAAGAUUACUUCCUUUUUAUGAGAGUGGAUAGAAGGUAGAAAUUUUCCCUGCGCCCGUUUCAUCGCGACGUGAGAGAAAAAGGGAGACCCAAAAAGUCAAUCACGACUGCUAUUCUUCUUUGUUCCGUUCUGUAAGUGUUCUUCGACACUGCGAAGAUCUAUAAAAUACAGUCCUUUAUCGCGACGCCUCCCCUCCUCCCAUCCACCCCCAUGGCCGUCCAUAUCUCGGCUGCUACCGGAGCGGCAACCACCUACAAUGGCAGGGUCACAACCUUUGUGGUCAUCUCCUGCGUCAUGGCUGGCAUGGGAGGCGUCAUCUUCGGCUACGACAUCGGGAUCUCAGGUGGAGUGACCUCCAUGGAGUCGUUUCUGGAGAAGUUCUUCCCGGACGUGUACGCCAAGAUGAGAGGGGACUCCGCCGUAAGCAACUACUGCAAGUUCAACAGCCAGUUGCUGACGACCUUCACGUCGUCGCUGUACGUCGCCGGGCUCUUCGCCACCUUCAUCGCCUCGUGGGUGACGCGGCGGUUCGGCCGCAGGCGGACGAUGCUGGCGGGGGGUUUCGCUUUCAUGGCCGGGGCAGCGCUCGGUGGAGCUGCGGCUGACAUCUACAUGGUCAUCUUCGGCCGCGUCUUGCUGGGUAUAGGCGUCGGAUUAGCCAACCAGUCCGUUCCGUUGUACCUCUCGGAGAUGGCUCCGCCUCAGUAUCGAGGGGCGUUCAACAAUGGCUUCCAGUUCAGCAUUGGAAUCGGAGCUCUCAUUGCGAACAUCAUCAACUAUGGCACCGCGAACAUUAAGGGCGGGUGGGGCUGGCGAGUCUCCCUGGCUUUAGCAGCAGUUCCAGCUUUGUUGCUGACACUCGGAACCUUCUUCCUUCCCGAGACUCCGAACAGCCUCAUUCAACAGGGCGGCGACGUCCACGACGCCAAGCAGCUGCUCCAAAAGAUUCGAGGCACCACCGACGUCGACCAGGAGUUGGAGGAUCUCGUCGCGGCCAGCAACGCGUCCCGGAUCGUUCGCCGGCCGCUCCGAACCAUCGUUCGACGAAAUUACCGUCCCCAGCUGGUGAUGGCCAUCGCCAUCCCCUUCUUCCAACAGGUGACCGGCAUCAACGCCAUCGCGUUCUACCAGCCGGUGCUGUUCCGGACCAUCGGCCUGGGCCAGAACGCGUCCUUGAUCUCGGCCGUCGUCGGGGGAGCGGUCGGCAUCUCCUCCACGCUCAUAUCGAUGAUCGUGGUGGACAGACUCGGCCGGCGUCGACUGUUCCUGAUCGGGGGGAUCCAAAUGUUGAUUUCGCAGGUGAUAAUUGCGGGAAUACUGGCGACCCAGCUCGGCGACCACGGUGGGGUGAGCAGAGGAUACGCCUACCUCGUCCUGCUGUUGAUAUGUGUGUACGUCGCGGGUUUUGGGUGGUCAUGGGGGCCGCUGGGCUGGUUGGUCCCCAGUGAGAUCUUCCCACUGGAGAUACGGUCUGCAGGGCAGAGCAUUACAGUGGCCGUCAGUUUCAUCUUCACCUUCAUCAUAGCUCAGACCUUCCUGGCCAUGCUGUGCCACAUGAAGUCCGGGAUCUUCUUCUUCUUUGCGGGAUGGCUGGUCAUCAUGACCAUGUUCAUACACAUGCUGUUGCCAGAGACCAGGAACAUACCCAUGGAGCAGAUGGGCAGAGUGUGGAGGGAGCAUCCGUUUUGGAGGAGGAUCGUUGUGGAUGAAGGAGAGGAGUCCAAAAUGGAUGGAUGAUCUGUUCUAACAUAUAUUAACAGGAUCAAGCUCUUGUUGAUCGCAAUCCGUCGAUUGCAGUUGCUGUAUUCACAAGUGAUGCAGAAGCAUUUCAGAAUUGCAUGUAUCCAUCCUCUCUCUCAAACAUUAGAUAGAAUAAUCGACAAGUACGGGGCUCUACUUAUAUGCUUAACAAAAUCGUAUGCGGAUAUGUGUGUGAUUUCUGUAAAAUAAUGGAUGCAUGCGAUGUCAAUUGU